AGCUUGGGAAAGUGGGAGCUGGCUUUGGGCGAUAGAUAGAUAUCAGCUGCAUCUGCUGCAAGGCCACUUGUUCUCUGCUUUUGUUUUUUUUUUUUUUUUUAAUUUUGUUUAUCUCGGGUCUCUUUCUCUUGGAGGAAUCAGGAAGGAUCAUUCUUCCACCUAAGUAUAUACACAUCUUUCUCUGUUUUUUCACCCACACACGUUUUCUUGAAAAUCACACGUAUUUCUCUGCAAUCUUUUCAUCUUCCUUGCCCAAGAAAAUAACUGAAGCGUGAAGUUAAGCUGGCCAUAAACCCAGUUUUAUGCAAAAUCUACGGUUCCGGACUAGAGUCUGGAUAAGUUGAUCACAAUAUUGCUGAAUAAAGACAGUUCGGAGUUCUGUUGCAUUUUCUUUUAUCCUUUAUGUUAUUGCUUAUAGCUUUUAUAAUUAAUGCGGGUUAUCUUUAGGUCUCACACCGGUGCCGUCUGUAUGUAUUAGAUGUAUGUAAAUACAUUGAUCAUGUUAUGUAAAGAAGUUGAUAUUACAAUAAUUUAGCCUGAGAACAAUCUAUUUGUGUUAUAGUAUUUGUUAUUUUGACUAAAGUAUAACUUGGUGAUGAAUGUUGCUGGAAUGAUGAGCUCUAGAUUUACAGUGAUCUGCAUGUUUGCCUGUACUGUAUGUGUAUUAAUCUUGUUUUUCUUGUAUCGCGGUUAGGCCUCAUCUUUCAUCUGGUGAAUUGACUUCUUCAUAGUUGUUGGGUACCGCUCCAAGCAGUCUGCUGAGGUUUAUCUAGUAGCAGAACUUUUCAGCAUUUUCUUUACUGGUCUCCAAAGACAAACCAGGGAAUGCUGAAAAAUGUUCUUGAAUUUGGAUUCUUACUCUAAGGUUAACCAGGUCUUGGCCUUAGCUGAGUUGCCUUUCUCUAUCCUGGAUGGGAGAGGAGAUAUUGGCUGUAACUCAUGCACAUAUUAUUUGAUAUCGAGUAGUUGGUCGUCGACCUGUAAAAUGUGUGUUAUGAUAACACUUAUCUUGCCUGAGGACGGUUGAGCCACAUCCAAUUCUCAAUGCUCCUUUGUUCAUUAUCAUAGGUUAACAGAGAGAGACUAGUUUUGUUAUAUGGUGUGUUGUACUUUGGAUAUGGAUAAUAACGGUGUUAUAUUGAUGCAAAGAUACGAGUUAGGGAGGUUAUUAGGCCAAGGCACGUUUGCAAAAGUUUAUUAUGCUAGGAGUCUCCAAACUGGGCAGAGUGUGGCUAUUAAAGUAAUAGACAAGGAGAAGAUUACGAAGGUCGGGAUCAUAAAUCAAAUUAAACGGGAAAUAUCAGUGAUGAGACUUGUCAGACAUCCUUAUAUCAUUCAUCUUUAUGAAGUCAUGGCCACCAAAACCAAGAUAUAUUUUGUGAUGGAAUAUGCUAAAGGAGGUGAACUUUUCAAUAAGGUGGCUAAAGGCAAGUUAAAGGAAGACAUUGCACGACAAUAUUUUCACCAAUUGAUAACUGCUGUUGAUUUCUGCCAUAGCAGGGGUGUGUACCAUCGGGAUUUAAAACCUGAGAAUAUAUUGUUAGACGAGAAUGAAAAUCUCAAAGUUUCUGAUUUUGGUUUGAGUGCUCUUGCUGAAUCCAAACGCCAAGACGGGCUCCUUCACACCACCUGUGGGACUCCUGCUUAUGUUGCCCCAGAAGUAAUUAACAGGAAAGGCUAUGAUGGAGCCAAAGCUGAUAUUUGGUCGUGUGGGGUGAUUCUCUUUGUUUUGUUGGCCGGCUAUCUUCCGUUCCACGAUUCCAAUUUGAUGGAGAUGUAUAGAAAGAUUGGGAAAGCAGAAUAUAAAUGCCCGCGUUGGUUUUCACCCGAAGUACGCAGGCUACUCUCAAGAAUGCUGGACCCCAACCCAACUAGUAGAAUCUCGACUGCAGGAAUUAAGGAAAGCUCCUGGUACAAACGGGGAUUAAGCACCAAAGCAAAAACAGAUGAUCCCGAAAGCAGUAGAGUUCAUUCAUCAGAGACUGAAGCAGCUUCUAGCCGGCAGGAAAAUGGCAGUACAUCAGCAGAGGGCAAUCAAGACAUGACAAGGCUUCCAGAUUUGAAUGCAUUUGAUCUCAUUUCCUUGUCGGAUGGAUUUGACCUAUCAAGAUUGUUUGAGGGUCCUUCUCCAAAGAAGGAAUAUAGAUUCAUUUCCUGGAAACCUGCAUCGACCAUCAUCUCUAAGCUGGAAGAAGUUGCCAAGCGCAUGAAGCUCAAGAUCAACAAAAGGGACGGAGGUCUAUUCAAGUUUGAAGGAUUGAAGGAGGGUCGGAAGGGAGUUUUGUCCAUCGAUGCCGAGAUUUUUGUGCUCACUCCGGCCCUUCAUUUGGUCGAGAUGAAGAAAACAAGUGGAGAUACGUUGGAAUACCAGAAGAUAUUAGACGAGGGUAUAAGACCUGGCCUUCAAGAAAUUGUUUGGGCUUCGCAUGGUGAUCCAACUCCUCAGCAGAGUAACCAGCAGCUCGAGCAACAAGACGAGCCUCCCCAGCCACCGCCAUUACAGGACCAGCAACCACAACAAUUAAAGCAACUGCAAGAUCCAUUACAGCAGCAACUGCUGCUGCUGCAGGAAAAACUACCUUAACUUCCAGACAAUCCAGAGGUCAUAGUUUACUAGGUGUUUAUAUAGAUUUUAGUGAAGUUUUUAGGCACAACCCAUUCACAUGAUUGACUUGCUUCCUUGUUUCGAGACCAUGAGAGUGUGUGUAACUAAAAUUUUGAUGGUAAAGUACAGGGUGUUUGCUCGUGCUGCUGUGUGUCCUUUCUUUACUGUUAUUUCAUGCCUUUACACUGUUGGGGGCAUAUAAACGUAUGUUACCAUGAUACUUUGUUUCGCAUGGAUUAUGAACUAGUCAAGUGAA